UUGUAUAUACGAUGGUACUCACAUAACUCACGCUUGAUACUUAUUUGUCUUAAGAUGCAAAAAUAUGUAUGUAUGUAAGCUCUGAAACAAAAAAUUAUUUACGCAAAUACAUACAUAUUUAUUUAUUUAUGUAUGUAUACACGGCGCACACUAAUUAAUUCAUGUAUAAUACAUUUCGGUCAGUCAUUAAUGGACAACGCGCAGCGAUGCAACUACAGUUUUUGCCUUUGUCCGUAACGGUUUUCUAUUUGAGUUUACUCUGUCAAAAUCCCAUAACCGGAGAAGAACAAUUUGACAAUGCCUUAAUAGUUAAUUUACCCAAUGGCAGAAUACGUGGACGCGACAAUGGCUAUUAUUACAGUUAUGAAUCGAUUCCGUAUGCAGAACCACCACUUGGUCCAUUACGUUUUGAAUCACCACGACCGUUUACUCGUAAUUGGACAGAUACAUUCGAAGCUACACGUGCGCCCGUCGAAUGCAUGCAAUGGGAUCAGUAUAAAGCAGGUGUCGAUAAAUUGCACGGCGUCGAAGAUUGUCUCACCGUAAAUGUGUAUAGACCAAAGUUGGCGACGGUCGAAAAUGCUGAGGGCGGUAAACUGCCCGUUGUGGUGCUCAUACAUGGCGGCGCUUUUAUGUUUGGCUCGGCAAGCGCCAAUGGUCAUGAAAAUUUUAUGCAUAACGGUCGUGUAAUUGUUGUUAAAAUGAAUUAUCGUCUUGGCCCGCUGGGUUUUCUUAGCACUGAAGACACAAUUAUAUCUGGUAAUUUCGGCAUGAAAGACCAACGUUUGGCAUUGCAAUGGAUUAAGGCGAAUAUAGCACAUUUUGGUGGUGAUGCCGAGCGGGUUAUGCUGCUGGGUUUCUCUUCAGGCGGCGUUGCUGUGCAUCUGCACAUUUUGGCGCAACGAAAUCUCGCAGAAUAUGUCAAAGUGGCUGUCUCUUUUAGUGGUGUUGCUUUCAAUCCUUGGGCAAUAACGCAUAAAACUCGCUCACGCGCUGUAGAAUUGGCGAAAAAUUUGAAUUGUCCGGAUGUUAGCAGUUCGCAGUUGAUUAAGGAAUGUUUACAGCGUAAGCCGGCGGAGGCCAUUGUGCGUGGCGUACAAAAUUUUCUUGUGUUUGGUUAUAAUCCAUUCACCACAUUCGGUCCUAGCAUAGAAGAUGUCGCUGUUGUGGAUGCAUUCCUAACGCGUACACCUCAGCAAAUAGUCGAGGCAGGAGAUUUCGCGCAAUUGCCUUGGUUGGUGUCCUAUGCAGCGCAGGAUGGUGGUUAUAAUGCUGCGGAAUUGCUACAACGCAUGCCGCGUAGAGAGGAAUUAAUAGAAGUAUUUAAUGAACGUUGGUAUGACUUGGCGCCAUACAAUUUGUUCUACAAAGACACAAUGCAUAGUGUAGAGGAGAUGGAUGAUUAUUCGGUGGCAUUGAAACGUCGGUAUCUGGGCGAUAAGGAAUUCUCAAUUGAUACCUAUUCGAAUGUGCAGCGCAUGUACACAGAUGUACUGUUUCGAAAUGGUGUGCAACAAGCGAUACGUAUGCAUCGUCAAUAUGCAAGUAGUGCAGUCUAUGCAUAUGUGUAUGACAAUCCAGCAGAGGAGGGUAUAGGCGAGUUAUUAUCACAUCGCUCGGACGUGAAAAUGGGCACUGUGCAUGGUGACGACUUCUUUUUGAUUUUUAAUCGAGCGGGCAAAACUAAAAUACGCCCCGAUGAACAAUUAAUUGCACAAAAAUUUCUUAGAAUGCUGGAAAAUUUCGUAGCAAAGGGUAAUGAGCUGGCUUUUGGUGAUUGUAAAUUUGUCGACAACGUUGGGAAGAACGAUUACCAGAUUAUGUUCAUACAGAAAGAUGUUUGUGAAAAUAAAGCAGUAAACGCUUUACCUUCCUUUUGAAAAAAAAACACUGUUACUAAAAAAAAUUAA